CGGUCACUGAACGUCCAGCUUGCGCAGGGUGCUACUCGGCUUCCUGAACCUACGUAUCUAAGGCCCGUAACCAAUGCCUAUAAUCAGUUCCAGCCCGUUCCGGUGGCCCAACAAGAGGUCUGGUAUGGGCCAGACGAAGAACAGAUUCGCGCAUUCACCACUGGGCAGAACAUUCCUGCAACCACAACAUCGUCUCCUAUAACGCCCUUUGAUGGACCGGAAAACCUUGUAGAAGAGAGUCAAGACUGGUGGUCUCGUGAACCGAGCGCCAUGACUUUCGGAAUGGAUCAUUGGGUACCAGGAUGGAACCCUAGUAUAUCUGGCAGAGAAUCCGAUAUGCGGUUCGGAAACCAUUACGCCAACGUUGGGCAGACAUCAGGAGCCGAGAAUAGCUCUCGACCAACCCCAGCAAUGAGGUUUGGGGCCCCUCCAGGGAGUGCUAAUCCAGGGCAGCACCCGGACAUGCCUGGUUACACCGGCGUGUGA